AUGGAUCCUGGGCCGGUUAGUGAUGAGGUCUUAUAUGACCAGGCUCAGCAUCGUUCACAUAUUAUAUCCUGUACAGAGAGAGGUCCGAGUAUCGUUAUGGUUGAUCAUAGCCUCAGCCAUAGCCGUUGGCGGUUAGAGGAUGAGCGUAUCAUAGCAGCUGUGGGACGGGCCGGCUUCUUGACUUGUUCAAAGCUUCGUUGGAUAAAGCUCGAUUGGCCCCUACUGAUUGCGUUGAUGGAUAGAUGGAGACCUGAGACCAAUACUUUCCACUUCCGGAUGGACGAGGCUAUCAUUACUCUACAAGAUGUAGCCGUGAUACUCGGUCUCCGUAUAGAUGGUCCGUGCAUUACCGGCACUGAUAGUGAUGUAUGGCCUCGAAGAUGUGAGGAGUUGUUAGGUGUAGCUCCAGAGCCUAUGCCUCGAGGAAAUAUUAAGUUGAAGUGGUUGAGAGAGAUCUUCUCAGUACCGUUGCCUGUUGAUGCCCCACAAAUUUUGGUUGACCAACAUGCACGUGCAUACAUUAUGCACAUGAUUGGUACUAUAUUAUUUCCAGAUUCAAGUAAAGAUAAAGUGCAUGCGAGGUGGUUACCACUCCUCGAGGACUUGGACGUAUGUGGUACAAAAUCGUGGGGUAGUGCCGUUUUGGCGUAUUUAUAUAGAGAGAUGUCAAAAGUGGCACUUAUACAAAACAGUGAGCUUAAAGGGUGUCUAAGAUUAUUGCAAGUAUGGGCAUGGGAGAGACUUCAUUUGAAGCCGAGACUAUGCACGCAUUUACAAUUAGAUGGACAAAUUCCACUGGGAUGCAGAUGGAAUGUCGAAAAAUGCUAUGACGAGACCCCGGCUAGACAAUUGGAUUUCUACCGGAAUGAGCUUGACCGUAUGAAGAUUUUUCAGAUGGAAUGGGAGCCCUACACCCAAUUUCUACCUCAGCUACCCCCAAUAUGCACAGAAUACCAAGUUGUAUGGAGAGCUAGAGUUCCUCUUAUAUGUUAUGUGGUGAAAUCACCAGAAAGUGAACAAAAGUGUGUACAGCAAGUGCACGGGACUGCUAGUCCCGUGCACUUGCUGUGCACCUAG